AGUCAAAAAAAAAAUUGUGUAGAGAGAUAGAGAAAGACGAGGGAAAGGAGAAACUAGAGAGGAUGGGUUAUUGUUCUGCGAUUAGGCUGUGUCUAUGCAUCUUCUUUGCACUUUCAAUCGUCUCUACGGCUAGACUCGGUUUUCCAUUUUCAGAAAAUGAAAAGGUGGUGGUGAGAGGAAGAUCAUUGAUGAUGGUGAGCACCAAUGACUAUGACGAGCCAUCGGCCAACGGCAGACACAACCCACCUGGUGGGAGGCAUGGCGGAGGUCGGAGAGGCUGAAACAUACAAAAAGUUUUCUUAUUGUUAACGAGAUUAUGUUUUGGAUAUAUACAUAUAUAUUUAAGUUUUACUCAUUUCUCUCAUCACCUUCAUCUCUUUAUAUAUUGAACAAAUAAAAGCCAUGGAAAAUAAUAUGUACUGGAAAAUUAAUAAGCAGAUAUGAACACUUCUAU